GAUUACUUUAGUAUUUCUAUCUAUAAUGGCAACAUUGUUGACCGCCAUAUUGAAAAUUUUACUGAUUCGGAAAAUUAUCGCCUGCGAUGGAGUCAUAUUUUUGCUUAUCAAAUUUUGAUCAUAUUUUUGUUGGGAUUUCGCCAAAAUUAUGUCAAUUGCCCAUCGUUUCCCAAUUCGGUCGCGGUCAUUGCAGAAAAGCCUCGGUCGUUUGACAAAAUUCGCUUGAGAGUAUUACUUGUAUAUUCUCUGUCGACCCUGGAGACAUCUUGUGAUAAAAAAUCAUUGUGGCAGCAAGAUAGUUCGCUGUCUGAAUUUGUCCAAACGUGAAACAGUUACAAAAAAUUGUAUUGGUGCUAAAAAGUUCUGCGAAUAUGGAUGUGUCGUGGGAUUCGGACAAUUUUGAGCCUAAGCUCCCGACCACGUUGACAUCUUCGAACAAAUGGGAAGGCGAAGACGAGGAAGACAACGUCAAGGAAAGUUGGGAAGAUGAGGAAGAAGAAAAAAAAGAUGAGGAGAAAAAAGAUUUGGCCCCUGCGGCACCAAAGCCCAAAAAGAAAAUUCACGAUAAAAUCGCAGAACGAGAGAGACAAGAGCGCGAGAAACUGGAGCGUCUGAACUCUGAAAAGGUAGAAGAGCUUACACCAGAACAGAAGUUGGCAGAGAAACUCCGAGCACAGAAAUUGCAAGAGGAGUCUGACCUGCGACUUGCUAUGGAAACCUUUGGUAUAACAGAAGGUGGUGGGAAACUGGACAACUUCAGCCCCACCACCAAAGCGGAGUUCACAGAGUUUGCGGAGCUGCUCAGCAAGAAGAUAAACCUUUUCAAGAGCAGAGAGGAGUUCCCUGCAUUUGUGGAGGACCUGUUCAGGAAUAUCCUUGUACAAAUGCCGUCAGCAGACAUAAAGAGGAUAAAACUCUGUGUAGACAACCUCUACAUUGAGAAACAGAAAGCGGAGAAGAAUGACAAAGCGAAAAAACCAACAAAGGGAAAAGGGAAGGCAAAAUUAAAAGUGGAAGGCGACAAUGCUCAUCUCAACCAAUACGACACUUACGGAAAUUUCGAUGACGACUACGACGACUUCAUGUGAACGUCACUGUACAGAGUACAGACAGGCGCCUGCUAUCCAAACGUAUACCUUAACACCUUUUUAUAAGGGCGAGAAUGCCAUAACUAACACUCGGGUAUAUUUUCUCGAAUAAUUUUGUUUGAACGGCAACAAUUUCAUACUUCAUUCUUUAUCUCGCUUAACAUAAAUCUUAUGUUUGUAUAUUAUAUUAAUACAUUAUGUAUUAUACGUAUAUUAUGUCACAAAAGUCACGCCAUACGAAAAUCGCCCAUAUAAAAUUGUAAUUAUGUUAAAUUAUUUGUAGUUUUAAAAUUAUAUGUCCAUUUCGUUUGUGUAUCAGGUGUCUGCGUAUAGCUUAUACUAUUAUAUACAAUGUAAUAUACAGUCGUUUCAUUCAUACGGUUAUGGUCCGAUGUUAUGUUAUAUAGAUAAUAAAUUUUUUAUUGUGAUA